AUGGACGAGGCUGGUAACCGUGGAUAUUCGAAGGAGCAAUUGCAGGGUCUAGACCACGAAGCUAUCCGCGAUACUGUCAUCAAGGCUUACGGGUUGACUGAUAAUAGAGACCGUGAUGCUACUCUCUCAGUAUCGUCAACUGCGAACAACUCCAGCUCAUCAAGCCUUCAGAAUGACAGCAUGUCUGGAGCAUCAGACAGACUUUCCAAUGGCUACCAGGUAAUCGAUCUCCCCAAAGCAAGAACCAACGAGAUGCCUCAGACUCGAGGCGUUGAAGGUGCAAAGGCAGUCCUUACGAACGCCGACGAUAGCAAGAUAAUGCCCAUCGCUAUCGUAGGCAUGAGCUGCCGCUUCCCUGGCGGCGCAAAUAACAUUAAUGAAAUGUGGCGUCAAUGCGCGGAGGGCAAGAGCGCUUGGUCCGAGAUUCCAAAAGAAAGGUUCAAUGCAGAUGCUUUCUAUCAUCCCAACCCUGAGAGAAGCAGCUCUACUGCCAGUUUCCUGAGCCCAGAUGGUAGAACUUACAUGUUCGACAAACGUGCCAAUGGCUAUGCUCGUGGCGAAGGUAUAGGAACUCUGAUCCUCAAACCCCUGUCAGAUGCUCUCGAGUCUAAUGAUCCGAUACAUGCCGUGAUCCGCAACACGAUGAUGAACCAAGAUGGGAAGACACCGGGAAUCACAAUGCCCAGUAUGAGCGCUCAGCAAGCACUGAUAGAGCAGACUUACCGCCAAGCCGGGCUUGACGUAUCUGGAACGGACUUUUUCGAAGCUCACGGCACCGGCACACAAGCUGGCGAUCGUACGGAAGCAGAGGCGCUUGCCAACGCGUUGCAGACAUCCAACAGAGAUCCCGAGCGGCCAAUUUUCGUAGGAUCCGUCAAGUCCUUGAUGGACGAGCUUCUACGGGAAGCACAAACCUCAAGAAUCGACGAAGCCUCCAUGAGUCAGCCACUGUGCACAGCAUUGCAGAUCGCACUAGUCGAACUCUUGAAGUCAUGGAACGUGACACCCAUGUCCGUAGUAGGUCACUCCAGUGGAGAGAUUGCGGCUGCAUACACUGCUGGAAUGCUCUCAUUAGAAGCUGCCAUGCAGGUAGCUUACUACCGUGGUGUUUCGGCCUUGAAGCUCGAAGCUGAACAAGAAUUGCCUGGUGCAAUGAUGGCCGUAGGCAUGUCAGCCGAGGAACUUCAGCCCCGACUAUCGGUUUUGAAGGCAGGUACAGCUACUGUAGCAUGCAUCAACAGCCCUCAGAGCGUGACGAUCUCUGGCGACACAGCCGCAAUUGACGAACUUCAACUUGGUCUGAACGAGGCGAACAUGUUCAAUCGAAAAUUGCGCGUGAAGGUAGCAUACCAUUCACAUCACAUGCACCGGAUUUCAGAGAAAUAUCGCGGAUGCAUCUCCGAUAUCACAGCCAAUUCUGCGAGUCCUGAAGUCAAGUUCAACUCUACGGUGUUCCCAGGAAUCCCACUCACAACGAAUGCAGAGUACUGGGUUCAGAACUUGCUCAGCCCGGUUCGCUUCAGUGAUGCGGUCCAGAAAAUAUGCUCUUCCUCGUCCAAUGAGACCACUAGAGUAGACACCUUCGUCGAGAUCGGCCCUCACUCUGCGCUAGCCGGGCCACUGAAGCAAAUUUGUAGUAUACUUGCGCCAAAUCUGCGACCCCACUACCUGCCUUCUCUAGAGAGGAACAAGCCUGCCGAUGAGUGUUUGCUAAACCUAGCCUGCAAGCUUUUCACGAAUGGUGUCCGUAUCGAUGCCCGAGAAGUAAACUUUCCAACCCACAAACAAGAUCUUGAGGUCUUGACAGAUCUACCGCCAUAUCCGUGGAAUCAUUCGAUGCGGUACUGGCAGGAUGGAAGGCUUGCUCGCAACUUUUUGAAAAGACUUGGUCCACAACACGAUUUGCUCGGUACAAUGUCUGAUGACAGUAGUGACCUCGAUAUGAGAUGGCUGAACCGCCUCCGCGUGACGGAUCUGCCUUGGUUGAAACAUCAUACUCUGGAGUCAGAGCCUAUAUUCCCAGGUGCUGGGUAUCUUUCCAUGGCAAUUGAAGCUGCGCGGCAGAAGGCUACUUUGGUAGAUUCGGAGAUCAAAGGGUAUUCUUUGCGGGACGUGCACUUUUCUGUGGCUCUGAUGGUGCCUGAUACUUCGGACGGGAUUGAAAUUACUCUGAUACUUGAACCGGCGCGUGACAGCUCUACAUCAGCGUCCAAUACCUGGAAUACCUUCCGUAUUCUCUCCUAUUCUGCCGACAGAAAAGCCAUCGAACACUGCAGUGGUCUCAUCAGCACCUCACGGGAGGCAAAAAUCGGUAUGUCUUCGACUCAGAUCGACUCGCUCAGGGCAGAUUCAAGUAAGCAAGACACGCACUUCUACGAAACAUUGCUUUCAAGAACCCAAAAUACUGGCGUAAAGCUCGAGGAAACAUUCUUGCUGCUAUCACAAUGCUCAGUGAUCAAUGACGAAACCGUAUGCGACCUUAAAAUCCCAGAUACACGGUCAUUUAUGCCGCACAAGUAUGAGAGCCCACAGAUAGUCAAGCCUCAAGUACUGGAUGCAGCGCUACAAGUUGCCAUUCUAGCAGUCGUAAACAUGGUCGAAGCCUUUGAAGACUCGCUCAUGCCCACGUUUGUUGAAGAGCUUUUCGUAUCUAAGGAUGCGGCAUCUGAAGCAGGGCACGUCUUCCGCGCUGGAGGUAAAACGCACGUUGAAGAUCCUCGGCACUUCUUUGGAGACGCUAUCGUUGCCAACUCGACGGUUGACUCCUUAGAACCUGUCAUGACUAUCAAGGGAGCGAAGUUCGUCCUAACCUCAGCACUCAAAGGGUCGAAUCAGACAAAGAACAAAGGCGAAAACAAGCUCUGUUGGAAUACCGUCUGGAAACCUGAUGUGACAUCUAUUGAUCAAAGUGUCGUUGAGGAUCUUUGGGGCGAACAUGUGAAGACGGCCGAAGAGAUUAAGGGUGGUGCUCUCAUCGAAAAAGCGGCUUACUUUUGCAUCAGGCGGGCUGUCGAGACAUUGACUGACGUUGAGCAACAAAAUCUCCUCUCGCAUCAUCAGCACUACCUCAAAUGGGCAAAAGGGAGUCUGGAAACAGGUGAUGCUGGGAAUCUGAAAUAUCAGGACCCCGACUGGAUGAAUGCAGAUGAGCAGUCGAUUGCUUCGACCUUAGAGCAGGCUAGUCGAUCGGCUGCUCCUGCACAGAUGGUCACUCAAGUUGGGCGCCGACUUCCGGAUAUUCUGCGUCAAGAAAUCGAUCCACUUUCUGUGAUGAUGGAAGACGGACUUCUUGACCGUUACUAUGCCGAAUUGCCAAGUCAGGACCGAGCCUACGAAUAUGCGGCUAAGUAUGUUGAUCUCGCCGCCCACAAAUGGCCAGAGAUAAGGAUUCUCGAAAUAGGAGCAGGGACAGGCAGUGCGACGUCUUUCUUACUAAAGACCCUUGGUAGUGAAGAAGACGACUUGAUACGUUGUUCCUCCUACAUGUUCACUGAUAUAUCUGCCGGUUUCUUUGAGAAAGCCAGAGAGAAAUUUAUGUACUGGGACGAUAUCCUAGAUUUCAAGACCUUGAACAUUGAAAAUGAAGUUGAGGGACAGGGCUUCGAGCCGGAAAGCUAUGAUCUCGUUGUAGCCGCGAACGUUUUGCACGCAACAGCAUCCAUGGAGAAGACGAUGACGAAUGUCAAUCGAUUACUGAGGCCAGGCGGCAAACUUGUUCUGGUCGAGCUCACGAAUGUGGGAGAGAUAUCUGUAGGAAUGGUCUUCGGCUUGCUACCUGGAUGGUGGCUAGGUGUUGAAGAGGGGAGAGUAGAUGGUCCCCUUAUGACUGAGAAACGAUGGGAUGUGCUUCUCCGUAGAUCCGGCUUCAGCGGCCUCGACAUAGCUGCGCGAGAUAGCGCGGAGGAUAAACAUUCAAUCUCGAUGAUGGUCUCGACGAAACUUAGCAAGGACGUUCCCCAACCACAAAGUGACGUGACAGUGGUUCAUGUCUCCCAGUCAGGAGUAGAACUAGCACGCUGCCUAGCAGAAGCACUGCAUACCGAGUCCUCAGGGCUGACAUGUUCCAUUGCAAGCCUCGAAGAAAUCUCUCCCUCUAACACUUUAUACGUGAUACUAGAUGACCGAGAGCAUCCAAUUCUGACAUGUCUGAGUGAAGAACACCUGCUGUCUCUUCAAGAGGUAUUUUCAAAUGGAAAAGGCCUUCUAUGGGUGACUUUUGGUGGCCUCAUGGGUGCUAAUUUUCCGGAAGCUGGAUCUGUCUUAGGAUUUCUCAGGACUUUGAGAGCGGAAUAUGGGAGCCUGAAAUGCGUCUCACUUGACUGCGAGUCCAUGCAAACUCAAGCAUUCAAUGCUGAUGUGGCAACAACAAUAUUAUCAGUCUUUGAGAACGGCUUUCGAGGAUCCCCUCUCGCGGCUGAGAUGUCUGAUCUCGAAUUCGUGACGAGGGACGGAAGGCUCUUGAUACCACGACUGCUUGAGGACAAGGCAGCAAACCGAGCCGUCGAUGGCAAGUCAAAUACUCUGAAGCCCGAAAUGAAGCCUUUGUGGCAGCCAGGCAAUCCUCUUCGACUUCAAAUGCGUCAUCAAGGUCUUCUAGACACGUUUCAGUUUGUUUCUGACCCACAAGCUGAAAAUGACAUACAUCCCCAUCACCUCGAGAUAGAAGUGAGAUCGACCGCACUCAAUUUCCAUGAUCUUCUGAUAGCUACAGAUCAGCUCCCUGACCCACUGGGCCUUGGCGUGGAGUGUUCAGGCUUCAUCACCAAGAUGGGAACUGCGGUGACUGGCUUCAAUGUUGGGCAGCGCGUUUGUGCAGUAGGCGCUGGUACUUUUGGUACUCAUGCCAGGACAUCACAAAACCUGGCAUGUGCGAUACCCGAAGAGAUGAGCUUUGAGGUUGCGGCCUCCAUACCUUCAGUAUUCAGCACCUCCUAUUACAGCAUUUUCCACGCUGCUCGACUCCAAGCUGGCGAAACAAUCCUCAUACAUUCAGCGGCUGGUGGUAUUGGUCAAGCAUGCAUCAAGCUCGCUUCAUUGAUUGGUGCUACAAUAUAUGUGACGGUGGGAACUCCUGAAAAGAUUGCUUUUCUCGAGAAAACGUUUGGCAUACCUCGCAGUCACAUUCUGAACUCUAGAGAUUUGAGCUUUCGACCAAAGAUCAUGGAGCUGACCGAGGGCAAAGGUGUAGAUGUCAUCGUCAACUCCCUAGCCGGAGAUGCACUUCGGGAGAGCUGGAGAUGCAUUGCAAUGUUUGGACGCUUCAUUGAGUUGGGCAAGAAAGACUCCAUUGACAAAGCUAACCUCGGAAUGGCACCUUUUGAGAAAAGUGCGAGCUUCAUUGCGGUCGGGUUCGAUUUAUUUGGACUCCACAAGGACAGAAUUCCCGGGGAGGCUUUGCGGAACGUCAUUGAUCUUUUCGCCCAGAAGAAAUUGUCUCCGAUUGAGCCGAUCACAGUGUAUGAGAUGCCAGAGGUUGAAAAAGCGUUUCGUUUCAUGCAGUCUGGGACUCAUAUAGGGAAAAUCGUCAUCAAUGUUAUAAAAGACUGCAUUGUCCCUGUUGUUCCGAAGCCCUUGCCUAGCAUUCAUCUUCGGUCAGAUACUUCAUAUCUGAUCGUAGGAGGUCUGAGUGGUAUUGGCGCUGCCUUCGCCAAAUGGAUGGUAUCAGCAUGGGGUGCCAAAAACCUGAUAUUACUAUCUCGGUCUGGCCAAACAGCUAAAGGCGCGUCUAAACUUGUCCAAGGUUUAGAGCAGGCGGGAGCAGCGGUCAGAGUCCAAGCCUGCGACGUGACAAAUCGACAACAGCUUGAAGAUGCACUGAAGGAUUGCUCAGGGUCGUUUCCACCGAUUCGAGGUGUUAUUCAAGGUGCUAUGGUACUUCAGGAUUCAGUCUUUGCCAAUAUGUCCCUUCCCAAGUUCAAUGGAGCCUUAGGUCCGAAAGUCGCUGGGACUAGAAAUCUUCAUGAAUACUUCAUCGAACAAUCAAUGGAUCUCGAUUUCUUCGUCAUGCUAUCGUCUCUCGCCGGCAUCUACGGGAAUUUGUCACAAUCCAAUUACGCCGCAGGCAACACAUAUCAGGAUGCGCUGGCAUACCACAGAGUGGCAAAGGGCCUCCCGGCUCUAUCAAUCGACGUCGGAUUCGUAGAUGAUGCAGGAUGGACUAUUGAGAACAUAGACCUUGUUGCGACGGGUAAAGGUGUUGGAUGGGCGAAGCAUAUAACUACGGAACAUCUGCUUCGCCUGAUUGAGCACAACAUCAUCAAUUCUCUGGAAACUGGCCCAAAGCGAUUCGUAGUUGAUCCUCAAGUGUCCGUUGGAAUCGAAGCAACUCGAUCGUGGGACGCGAGAUUCUCGCAUAUCGCAGCGGGUCAAGCACAAUCAAGGACCAACCAGUCCGCAACCGGCGACCAAACAUCAUUGGCUGAAAGAAUCGCGACGAUUGGACCUAACAAGGAUUUGUUGCAGGAAGUAAUUCUUGACGCGUUCAGCCAUAAGUUGUCCAGAUUGCUGGACCUUCCGUUCGAUGACAUCCACCACGACGACUCCUUGUCAGGUCACGGGGUUGACAGUCUCGUUGCAGUCGAGAUUCGGAAUUGGUUGAGCAGGGAGGCUAGCGCUACUAUACCUAUGUCAGACGUGAUGAAUGGUCAGAAGACGAUUAUGCAAAUCGUGCAGGAGAUUGUGAAGGAAAAAGUGAAAGGCGAAUGA